UGGUUUGUCCCUCUGUUUCAAAUCGUAUAAGAGAAUGCAAAGAGUGAGAAAGUGAAAGAGAAUUUGCAGUGAGCUCAGAUAUAGUAUUGCUCGUCCUAUUAUAGAGAGAAAGAAAAAAAUGCCUGGGAGUUUAGAGCCGUUGGAUGUGGGCGUUCAGAUCCCAUACCACUUCAGGUGUCCGAUCUCGCUCGAGCUCAUGUGUGACCCUGUCACCGUUAGCACCGGUCAGACCUACGACCGAGCCAGCAUCGAGUAUUGGGUCGGCACCGGCAACACCACCUGCCCCGUCACGCGCUCUUCUCUUACCGACUUCACCCUCAUCCCCAACCACACCCUUCGCCGUCUCAUCCAGGACUGGUGCGUUGCCAACCGGUCCUUUGGAGUCGAGCGUAUUCCCACUCCCAAACAGCCUGCCGACCCAGCCUCGGUUCGGUCCCUGCAGACUCAGGUCUCUUCCCAGUCCAAUCCUUCCCACACCAGGCUUUCGGCGGUGAAGCGACUCAGAGGACUCGCUCGUGACUCGGACAAAAACCGCUCUAUCAUUGGUUCGCAUAAUGUUCAGGAGGUUCUUCUCCCCGUUGUUUUUUCGGAUUCGGAGUGUGACUCGGCUGAGUUGAAGCAUGAGUCACUCGCGCUUUUGGUGAUGUUUCCUCUCUCUGAGUCGGAGUGCGCGUUCGUAGCGUCCCAGCCGGACCGAGUCGCGCAUCUCGUGUCGCUCCUAUUUCACGCAUCGAUCGAGGUUCGGGUCAACUCGGCCGCACUCAUCGAGAUCGUGGUCGCCGGAACCAGAUCACUGGAUCUCAGAGCUCAAAUCAGCAAUGUGGAUGAAAUCUUCGAAGGAAUAACCGGAAUUCUCAACUAUCCAUUGGCCUAUCCUCGCGCGCUCAAAGUUGGAAUCAAAGCCUUAUUCGCCCUAUGCCUGGCCAAGCAAAGCCGCCACAAGGCGGUCGCUGCCGGUGCUGUGACUGCUCUCAUCGACCGAUUGGCCGAUUUUGAGAAGUGCGACGUGGAGCGAGCCCUGGCAACAGUGGAGCUGCUCUGCCGCGUUCCGGCGGGUUGCGCCGCCUUCGCAGCACACGCGCUCACCGUGCCCCUCCUCGUGAGAAAAAUUCUAAAAGUCUCCGACCGCGCAACGGAGUACGCUGCCGGAGCGCUGCUGUCUCUGUGCUCGGCGGCGGAGCAGAGCCAGAGAGAGGCGGUCUCCGCGGGGGUAGUGACUCAGCUUUUGCUGCUGGUACAAAGUGACUGUACGGAAAGAGCAAAGCGCAAAGCACAACUUUUGUUGAAGCUUCUUCGGGAUUCGUGGCCAGAAGAUUCGGUAGCCAAUUCUGACGAUUUUGGUUGCAGUGAUGUUGUUCCAUUUUGACCACGAUGACCACGAUCACACACAUUCCAUUCUUCUUCUUCCCCAAUUCAAAUCUCUAUUCCAUUUCACGAAUUGCAGAGGGAAAAAAAAAAAAAAAAAAAGCAGCAAAAUUGAAUGUAGAUCAGUAUAUAGGGAAAUGUAUUUGUGUAUGUAUGUAUUUUUGUACGUAAGAAUUUUUGUUGAAAGGCAAAGGAAAAGAUAGAUGUGAUGUUAAAUAUGUGUUUUGUGGGGGCCAUUACUGUCUUAACUGUGAUUAGUUUCAGGACGAGGUGAUAUUUAGUUCGUCGGAUGCAUUGCAUUA